GUAAGAAGAUUAAGAGGAAAAAGUUUUAUGAAUAGUAUCAGGAUAAACUUAAUUUGUGGUUUUUGCCCUUCCAAGUCGAAGUAGUAUAUAGCUUAUAAGUUGCGACCUCGCAAGUAGAAGUACCAUUCACGCAUUGACUAUUGCCGAGCGCGCGAAAAAGUUCACUGAUCAAGAAGAUGAUUUUUGCAAAAGUGUGUUUGGCUCUGGCCCUCCUCAUUGGUGCUGAUGCAUACUCUAGCGGUGCACCAGAGAGCGCUUGUAAGGACAUGAUUCCACGCCACCCUGUUGAAGCGCAGAAGAGACCAGCACCAUACAAAAUCACAACUAGCACUAAGGUCGUCAAAGCUGGAACACCAAUGGAAGUGACAAUAUCAGGAAACUCUCCCUCAGAUACCAUUCGUGGUAUCAUGCUGCAGGCUAGAGGAAGCGAUGAUAAACCAGUCGGAACCUUUACUGUGUCCCCCAACGAGCCCUUGGCUAGACUUAUGAAAUGCGACAACAAAGGAGACACAAUCACACACAAGAAGCACGAUUCCAAGGAAGACAAGCAAACGGUCACAUUCACAUGGACACCACCUGCAACCCUUAAUGACGUCGUGAAAUUCAGAUCCACCAUCGCCUUGAACGGCGCCGUCUUCUGGGUUGGAGUUGAAUCCGCACCUGUCAAAGUAUCAGCCUAAUUCAGAUUGAACUCGUACAUGUAUUAAUAAAGUAUUAUAUUUCAAAUA